CCAAAACGUUCUACACUACAGCUUGCAAAGUCUGAAUUGACUAGCGGCGGCCACCGCACAAGCGAAGGAUGCUCUAUAAGUAGAUUCUGGAAGAGGAAGAAAAAAAAACAUUAAUUUCACAAAGGUCGUCACCCCCUUCAGGAAAGCAAGCUGCAGCUGCAUCUGUUUGCCUAUGCAAACGAGGUAGCUUGGAAGGAAUAUGCAAGGAAACUAGUCGGCAGGCUAAAAAGAAUAAACCGUUAUGAAAGUCUUGGUAGGAAACGUGUCUGGGGCAUGCUUAGGUGGUAUCCAGGAUAUAUUGCAUUGUCAGUUCCACCUUCUCCGCUGUUUUGCAUUGAACAUUUAUUACGUUUACUUUGCAUUAAGGUUUGUUGCACUGAUCUAUACAGAAGUGGAAUGUGCUGUUAUGAGAACAUGAAGAGAAUUCUACAGUCUGGACAUUCAUUCAGCAUGGGAAAGUUUGAGUUUCUUGAAAAGACAACCGCUUCUUAAAAAGACGCGAAAGAAUUUGGACAUCCCUGUACUGUAAUAGGGAAAACUGAAGGCGCUAUAUUAAAAUUACCAUUGGUGAAUGGUGGCUAUUGCCUUGGUAUACGAAGAAACGUGCAAACUGUUCAUUAAUGAUUUGCAUUUGUAAUUGUUAUUCGCCACCGUUUGCGAGGACUGAUAAAAAUGUGUAAAGGUAUUGGAACAAAUUCUUCAAAGGAAGGAUAAAACCGUGUUUGGACAGUUUCCGUGGAUGCAAAUCUAAAAUAUAUAGGGCUGCCAGAAAGCUAUAUGAAGCGUAUUCAGUUCUAUAAUAAAUACAACAGCGUAAAACGAUAUGAAUAUGCAUUUUUCCUUUUUAUUACCCAUAGAGGACAAAGGAGUAUGGUCUUUUUGGCUUAUUUAAUAUAACGUUUAUAUUGAUCAGUGCCAAUACAUUGUGCUCGUGUAAUGUAUGUAAGAAUGGGAUUUUCCGGUUGAAGAAGCGUUUUGCCUGUAUUAAAAUUUCAUCAAUGAAAACUGGAUUUGGUGGUCAUUUUACUCAUUGUGGAUGCAAAAAGAAACAUUACUGACAACCAUAAUUAAUAUGAUGUAAGAAAACAAAGGCAACAUAUUUACAGAAAGGAGGAAUAAUAAUAAAACAGAAAGACGGUAUUAAAACCACGUACAUUUUUAUGUUGAACAUAGUUGUUAGGUGUGUGGUUUAUUUAAUUCGCAUUGUACACAUCCUUUAGGCGUUUAAGUGAAAAGCGGAAAGAUAAACGACUAAAAGCCAUCAUCCUGGGUGGAAUUUUAUUGCGGUUGGAUGAAAAUGUCAUGAAUUGUAUGAAAUGGAAGGGAUGAUUCAUUUGGUCAUUGGCUCUGAGGUCGUCUGCUCCAGAACCUCUGGGUUUACCCGAGCCUACUGCGCCUUCUUACUGGGGUCGGUGGUGCUGGUUUCCGUGGCAACAAGCUCACCUGUAUCCGAUGAACAUCUUAUGAGAUAUAAUUAUUCCACAUCAUCACACUUGUCAAUUAGGAUUCAAGAGGAAACAUCUGUACCAACGGAUACGCCACACACUGCCUUAACGGCGCACCCAACUGGAGCGCAAACAAAAACAACAUUACCACAGCUAGACGGCACUUUGGGAGUCCCAUCUAAAUUUGCAGAAGAAAACGGCAGUAAUACACAAAGGACAGGCACCACUGCAUUGAGUCUCUCACCUUCAGUGGAUUCUAGGCCAUUACCUUCCACAGCAUCCUCUGCUUCUUCACCUUCUGUUGGUCCUACCAGUCAACAGAGCAUGUCUAUGUUUACCAAAGGACAUACCGAAUCCCCAGUUCAGUCUGUGGGAUCACUUAAAAGUCCAGUGACAGCUUCAAGUGAACAACUUCAUAUUGCUUCUUCUAGUAUUCCCAGUCAUCGUUUUUUAGAAAUGGUUGGAGAUCCCCCUUUGUUAAGAACAAGUCUUCCAUUAGAACCUUUCACAGAGUAUUAUUCCAGCACUGUAGAAGCUCCAAGCACAACACCAGGCUUAAGUGAUACAAUAGCAGGUACUAAUAUACCUUAUGAACGACCAAGUAGCUUAAAACCCCUGAUGCUGUUUGCAAGUUUUGUGCCUUUCCUCAGACCUUACACUAUUUUGGUAACUGAAGAGCUGACUCUAGUUCCAACAAAAGAAUUAUAUCCAGCUGAGUCGAUAGAGACUGAUUUUGGAUCCGGGGAUUAUCUCGAGACAAUGACAUUAAUACGAUCAGAGGUGGAUGAACUCUCGCCUUUUACCAGUUUACCUAUCAACAUGUAUGAUGUGGAGGAAUCCAGCACAGAGGUCUAUGACACAUCGUUCCAUUUAAGGCCUGUUCUGUCGCUGUCUUCGAUGUAUAUAGCAACUGCCGAGUCAGCUUUGGAUUUUUCAAGCAGUUAUGAUGCAGGCCUUAGAACCAUUGAUCCUACAUCUGUUUAUUCCUCCCACAGCCACACUUCGCUGGACUUGAUAGGCCCUCCAGAAUAUGACGUCACUGAUAACGAUUCCUUAUCAGACUGGAAUGACGAACCCUUCCCUAUAGAACCGACUGAACUUCUUCUACCUGACAUGAAUAGUUUGGAAUAUUAUUCUACUUUACUAGCCAUAGAAAACGCAAGUUUAUCAAAACAAAAAAAUCGUAAUUCUACAGAGCACACAGGCCAUGUAUCAACAGCAUCAAUAAAGGUACCUGGUAUCAUACCCACAGGAUUAUUAGUAACAGACACUAGUCAUCUGUUUAAGUCAUUUACCAUUGAAUCAAGUGAUCUGUCUUCUUCGCCUUCCCUUGAAUCAAGCACUCCCACAACAUCGUUUUCAAUAGCAGUUUCAUCUUUUGAACCAAGUAGCAGCACUUCAUUUAUAAACUCCACAUUAGACCCAUUCAGUCCUCUAAUGUCGGAGACUUCAAGCCUUAACAUAUCUGAAUUUGUUAAUAUGGAGACUUCAGGCUAUGAUUCAUCCAUGAUUUCUCCACCAAAGACUUCUAUCUUUGACACAACACCCACACCCUCUUUGAAUACAUCAGUGCAUUUGGUGGAGCCUUCGGUGGUGCAGACCCAUGCAGGCGACUUAUCAGCUUCUCUUUGGGACAGCUGGGUGGAAUCUACUGCAGCAAUGGAUCAUUUUGCAUCUUCCAACAAAACAGCUGUUCCUCCUGCAGGGCUGCCAACUUCAGAAGUAGAGACCACACCCGGUGCAAGCAGUGCUUUCAAAGAGGAGCCCAUUUUGACUUCAUCUUUUUUCUCUGUUCAACCCACCACACGGCUGCCAGAUAUCUUUUCUAGUUCCAUUUCGGAUGAUGCCACCCCCUUUCUCACUACCCAGUGGUUUGCCCCCUCCUCAGUUGGAAUCCCUGUGAGCAGCCUUUCUGAGAUAUCCGUGUGGGCCACGUCUGUGUACAUUUCUCCUUCUCCCACUGAGCUUACUCCUGUUGUCACUGUUGUACCUGCCCCGUCUUCCCCGCCUGUGACACCCAUGACAAAUCACAGCACUAACAUUGAAACUAAUCCAACGGAAAACACUGUGACUUCAGUAACCGAUUCUAGUACAGUAACCACCAAAAAUACAGACUCUGCUUCAGCUACAGCUGCCAUUCCCACCACAACCACAGUUACUAUUUCAAAGUCUACACCCAUCGCUGAUACCACCCCCACAGUGGAAACAACAACAACAACAACAACAACAACAACAACAACAACAACAACAACAGCCCGGCCUUACCUUUGUGACAUCACCAUGUCAGACUUGUAUGUAGUCAGAUUAGAACUUGCCAAGGGAGCACAGCUGGAGAACGCAAAAGCAUAUUUGAAAGAGGCUCUGAGUGUUCAAUUCAACUGCACAGUUGAACUGCAGGUGCUGAAUUAUCCCACAGAUCUCACCAUUCUGGUUACCUCAGGUCCUGUUGUCUACACAGCAAUAGCUGUCAUCAAUGCCUUGCAUCCGUCUAUAAGGGAUACCUCUCUCAUUGCCUCUCUUAAUGCAGUAUCUGCAGCACCUGACCACCAGUUCCAGGUUCACACAGUACUUCAGUUUGUCCCUAACCACGUUGACGUGAGGUUUUGUAACUUCAGCGAACGCAUUGAGCAAGGAUUGACAAUGGCAUUCUCAGAAGUACGAAGAAGAUACCAGGAAACGACCAGGUUCACUGUGCACGUCUUAAACAUAACCACAGAUGUGUCUAAUGCGGGGAGACUGCUGAGGAGUCCUGUGGAUAUUACCUUUGCCAUUCAAGAUUCAUUUGGCUUCCUGAAUGGCUCAGACGUGAGCAACCUCAUGAGGAUUUUAAACACGGUGGAGUUCAGCUUCUAUCUGGGCUUUCCAGUGCUACAGAUAGCUGAACCUUUUCACUAUCCAGAGCUCAAUGUGACCCACCUACUGAGGUCAUCGUGGGUCAAAACAGUUGUUCUAGGUGUCUAUGAGCAGGGAGUAAAUGCCAAGAAGUUUCAGGCUGAGAUGGAGCGCAAGUUAGCCCAGCUGCUGGAAGAGGUCCUGGGUCCAAGCAGGCGAUGGAGGAGAGCCACCAAUGUGGGAAACAACAGCGUGCAGAUUGUAAAAAUGUCAAGGAUUGAAGGCAGUGACAACCCCCUGGAGUUGAUCUACUUUGUGGAGAGUCAGAAUGGAGAGAGGCUAAAUGCUGUCAGUGCUUCCAGCCUUAUAAACCGGAUUGACCUCCAGAGAGCUGCCAUCGUCCUGGGCUAUCGAGUACAAGGCACACUGGCUCAGCCAGCUGUGGAGAAGAUCAGUGCUCCUCCGUCUGAGACCCAGAACAACAAUCUGUGGAUCAUCGUGGGGGUGGUGGUGCCGGUGAUAGUGGUCGUCAUUAUAAUCAUCAUUCUCUACUGGAAGCUCUGCAGGACUGACAAGCUGGAGUUCCAGCCAGACACCAUGAGCAACGUCCAGCAGAGACAGAAGCUCCAGGCCCCAAGUGUGAAAGGGUUUGAUUUCGCUAAGCUGCACCUCGGGCAGCAUAAUAAAGAUGACAUCCUGGUCAUCCAGGAGCCAGCUCCGCUGCCAAUGCCUGUAAAGGAAAUGACUCCGUCAGAGAACGGCGACGUCCCCAGCCCCAGAUCCAAGACCUCUUCAAAACCCUGCAGAGGAGACCGGCGACGAGGCAGAAUUUCCCCAUCUGAUGCUGAGUCUACAGUAAGUGAGCCAUCCAGUGGGAGAGAAUCUGCUGAAGAGUCCAUGAGGGCUUCUGUGACCCAGAGUGAGGCCAAACAACAGCGCAAAGUAGCCAAGAAUGGGAAGAAUAAAGUCGGUCCACCACAAAGCAAUGGCACAGAAGAACAGCUGUCCUCUGCUUCUAUUUUCGAGCAUGUGGACAGGAUUUCACGGUCUUCAGAAGCCAGCAAGCGCCUUCCGAACAAGAUCCAGCUGAUCGCCAUGCAGCCCAUGCCAGCGCCCCCGAUACACAACCCAGUCGUCACGGAAACCUCCAAAAUAAAUAAAGAGAUUCAGACGGCACUUAGACAUAAGUCAGAGAUUGAACACCAUCGCAAUAAGAUCCGACUGAGAGCCAAGAGAAAAGGGCACUAUGACUUUCCAGUCAUGGAUGACAUCGGAGUCACCGACACAAAGGAGAGCAAGCGGAUCUACGAAAAAGCACAGCUGCAGAUUGACAAGAUCCUGAACCCUGACAACCACGUCCCCUCUGUGUUUAUAGAAUCCAGGAAGAGUUCAAGAGGAAAACGUUCUCCAAAACAGAGAAGGAAGAACCAAAUAAACGGCAACCUGAUUGACGCAGACAAGGACAGACUCAUAACCACAGACAGUGACGGGACCUACAGGAGGCCCCCAGGAGUCAACAACGUGGCUUAUGUUUCAGACCCUGACCAGCCUCUGGAGCAGCGCAGCCCCUCCCCUCAGGAGAAAGAGGUAUUCUCUACCUCCCCCACACACAGCCCCAUCCCCCCUCCCCCCUCGUACCUGCCCCCGCAGCCCUCCAUCGAGGAGGCCCGGCAGCAGAUGCAUUCCCUCCUGGACGACGCCUUUGCCCUGGUGGCACCAAACAGCCUCGGAAGCAACGCUGGGAUCACGCUGCCCGGGGUCACAGUCGCCCAGCCAGACUCCAGCCCGCCAGCGAGAACCAGCAGGGGCACCGGCACUGGCCAGUGGGGCUCACCUAACACGCCUUGCCAGGGGCCCAACCCUUUCUCAGCACGUUAUGCAGAGUUGGGAAUGUCUCCUCCAUCAGGACUAUUACAAAGCAGACAAGGCCUUGGUCCAGGGUAUCUGCAGUCAGGAGAGCCAGGUCGGCAGGAGCGGCCAGAGAGCUUGUAUUCCAGCAGAGGGGUCUAUGGUGAAGACGUUCCUUCGUCUGCACGGCCUCGACCAGUAGGGGGUACUACAGGUGCACAGCUCCACCACCUAACACAGGUGGGACUGUCCAGUCGGAUCAGCUCCCACCUAGGACAGGUUCUGCCAGGGAGGGCAGCUCCAAGCCAGCCAGGGGCCUCUGGGUGGGCUCCCUAUCGGACAGACGAAGAAUUCACAAGAUCGGGUCACCACAGGGACCCUACACAGAUGCUUGGGUUCCCUGACUACUCCUCGUCCUCAAUGUUCCAGAUGCCCAGGACUGCGCUGAGGGAGCCCCUGGCUCCAGCUGCCCACCUCCAGCACAGUGUUCUGGAACCUGUGGGGGCUGGCUUCCCCUCAGCAACCGCCGAAGAACCCCCGCCAGGCCACUCCUCAGCCUCCCUCAUCAAAGCAAUCCGAGAGGAGCUCAUGCGGCUUUCACAGAAACAGUCCACGGUGCAGAGCUUCCACAGCUGAUCUGCCUCCUAUACACAACCAAUCCCUCCUCCCCAACAAGGAAAUGCUUCCCAUGGAAGUUCCCAGUCGCAGAACCGGACCAUACAUGAAGAUAUCUUUAUAGCAGUACUGGAACCAAAGUAGAGGGCAAAACCGGGCAAUACCCAGAUUACAGGUACAUGAUGCCCACCCACCCGUUUGAUAAAUAGGGAUUAUUUUGCUGUAAAUCUGCAGUAGCUGCUCUUCAGCUGCUCACCCAACAAGGUCAUGAGUUCUGCUCCCAGUUUCUGUAGCUGCAACACCAGUGCUAGCUCACAGUCUUUUGAGUCUCGUUUCAUAAAUUUGCUGUGGUGGAAUUCAUCAUUACCUAUGAGUUUGGCAACAGCGGCCAAACUUUUCUUGAAGGCAUCCCCUAGAGUGCAACGAUGGGGCUAACUCUCUAAGUACAGCUCACUGCUUUUCAGGCCUAGGCAGAUGGCCUCCAUAGUGGACAACGUAGCAAGACCACUGUGUAAUGUGUCAACAUGGUGAUUGGAAUUGUUCAUAUUUUGUUUGACAAAAAAAAGGUUCAAUAAUGCAUAUAUACAUAUAUGUAUGUUAUGUAUGAUUCUUCUCCGUACUAUACAGUAACUUCACUGCUUCAUAAUGAAUUAAAAAGACAAGACAGUUGUUCAAUCCCAAUUUUAUUGUAUACAAUACAGGUCCUACAUAGCUACUGUUGAAAUCUUCCUGAUUUUCCUUGGUGCUAAAAAUCAAGCUGCCCCAUCACAAAGAACACAUUGCCUUUAUUCUUAAUGUCUGGGUACCAUGGUAAUGAAACAUCGACACUCACAAUUAACCUGAAUGUGAUUUCAGACACGAAAAGGUUACAAGGACUCAGUGUCUUUAACUUACUGUAAUUUCUUCUCGAGUAGAUCAGUGUCUGUUAUGCACAGGUCUUCAGCUUACAUAAAAUAUAGCACAAUAUAACAUGUUUAUUAUUCAGGUAAAAACAAGAGACUCAACAGCUCUUUGAGUUAUGGUUAUGACGAUGCUGAUCAGGUACCAUAUAAGAGAAAGCGUAUGCCAACUUUGAAGGUAAAAGGGGUUUUAACUUUUGUAUAGAAACCCUGUUUUAACGUCUUAAGCAAUAGUUUCCAACAGUCUUAACAUGUACAAACACUGUUUUAUUUUUACACUGUAGGUCACGUGAUAGUUUUUUCAGCUAUAUUUCACAUGCAUAUCUCACUCAUUUCAGUUGCAUGUAGUCUGUUUCUGUUCUUUCUGGAAAAGGUACAUUGGUGUUUUGAAUGGGAAACCCAGAGAUGUAACAGGCUGUAAACUGUUGCAAACUAUUUUAGGAUGCAAACACAAAUGAAUUUAUUUAUUUUUGUCCUUUUUUAUGAAAUCGUAGCAUUGGUGGAAAUUUCUUUAGAAUCAGUUACAGUGAGAGAAAUAAGAUGAAGAGUAGUGUUUGGGGAUUGUUUUUUUCAUUGGCCAUCUGCAUAAAGCCUGUUAGCUAGCUAGCAAUUACAUAAUUAUAUCGGCAUGCUGGGCUUUGGUCUGUAGCUAUACCACUUCUCAGAUAAGUGGAAUGAGCUCAUACUGUGCAAUUGAAAUCUGGAAUUGUUGCACUUCUGUGAAACAUGACAGAACGCAAAACACUUUUUAUUAAUUUCACCGACACUGUAUAAUUGGACAUUUUCAAAAAGCCUAGCAUUAAAAAAUGCCCAUCAAGUUUAAAUCAGCAGGCAUACUGGGGAGGUAGUGUAACUGGAUACAGACAUGCCCUUGCACUCAUUGCUAAACAGGGCACAAAAAGAAGGUAGGAAAGAGAUGAAUAUAUGGAGUACUUUACCAGGAGUAAGCAGCCUGGAUUCCUGUUGCAGUAGACAAAGCUGCAAAGUGUUCAUGCUAAUGUGGACUGUGGACUGGAGGUUCUGGCUUACAGUUGCACAAUGGUAGUGUCUCAGAAAUCCUGUAUAUAGUACAUGUGAAGGGAUACACCUUCAACUAUAAAUUCAAUCUCAAUGCUGUGAAAUUGUCUUGCAUUCCAUUUCUUCAGGAAACUGCAGUCAGUCAAGUGUUAUAAUUCCACACAGUUACUAUGGUUCUGUUGUGAACUGAGUGUAAUUGUGAGGCAUUUAGAAUAAAGGUUACCAGAUACUUGCAGUGCAUUUUGUUCAAAUAAGUAGCUAAGGACUAGGUAAGUAAGAUUUGGCAUGUGUAUUUAAAUGUUAAGCAUCUGCUUGUGAGAACAUAAAUAUUUUGUGCGCAUUGGGUAAACAAACUAAUUGAUAGUUGCUUACAUGGGAUAAUCCGUACUUUAAAGACACAAAUAGGAUUGUUACAUUCAAUGUGAGCCCUUAGUCCAGCAUGUGCCUUAUAAUGUUACCACACCUGUGUAAUACUUCAGAUGAUUUGCAACCAAAUAAUACUUAAGAUGCUUUGGAAUCGCUUUGCAACCAAACUACCAGUUGAGAUUCUAUGGAAAUUUCCACCUCAGCAGUUAAUUAAUGAUGCAAAAGGUUGACCUGAGCAAGUAGAAUUAUAUUUAACUCCAACUUGUGGUCGUGUCGUCGUAACAUGUUGGCACUGUCACUCAUAACCAUGUACACAUGUGACCAGUGGAAUCACCACCGGCCUGAGAGUAUGGUCCUUUGUUUCCCAUGUGCGAGAUGUUUGUAAAUAUGACUGUUUGUAAGUUUCUCGUUUUGUGACGGAAAAAGAAAAUGUUGGCAGGUCCAACAGAGGUUUGUUUUAUGAACUGCAUGUUUUAUGAAUAUUAGGUUUUAAUUAUUUACAAUAUGUAUGAUGUGCAUGUCAAAAAUAAAUAAGUAAUAAAAAGACAGUGCUCAGCAGAGAUUCAUGUUUAAAAUUAAGAAAUAAAAAAACAUAGAGUAAACCCCAGUGUAAAAAUGCACAAGAAGAUUUUUAAGAGAUGUAUCUGUAGUUCUACAUUGUAGCUGCCAGGAACCUGGCGUGCUCAUAUGUAAGUGAAAUGCAGUAUUAUAAUGCAAUGAAUAAUCACGAACAGUCGGAACCCACGGAGGAGAUAUGGAAACAUUUACUGAAUGAUUAUUACUGUUUUACUAGGCUUAAACGUGCUAGCAGAAGCUCACUCCGUCUAAAUUAUUUACUAUUCCUCGUCAUACUAGGAGAGUACAGGUGACCCAAUUUCUAUAUUAACAGAAAAGAUCAUAAAGUCAUGAGUGUGGGAAGUACAGUACAUACCCUAACUUAUGUUUUAUUCCAGUGUUUUACACUAGUUCCUUAUUAUGAAGGCAACCACAAGUGACUUCUAGUAAUAAGUCGAGAAUAUUGAAUUCCAUCUUCGGGGGUAGAAUGGUAUUGUGUGUGAAAAAGAUACAUCACUCUUGAAUGUUUGUAGUGGUUGUGGGUUGCAAAGUAUUUUGCUGCUGGGCUUUACUGAGUGUGUUCAGCCGUAUUCAGAGCCCUUACAUUCCAUAUCUAUUAAACACCCAACACAAGGAGUUCAUUUUUAGGAUAAGCAUAUAGAAGGACCAAAACUACAUCUUAUGCAUGAUAAUAAAGGAUACAGUAGAUUCUGAUUUUAGUUUUUAUUUCCCAGAAACUCAAAAUAAAUAUUGACUGCACUCCAUUAAUGUUUGUACUAGUGGGGCAUAUUAAGACAGAUUAACAUGACAUUUGUGCACUGUAAACAUGACUCAUUGUCAGCUUUGAUAUAAAAAAAAGAGAGGAAUUAACCCACAAAAGAUGAACCUGUAAUAAUGUAUUUAAAUGGUUUUCCUUCUUGUCAUUUGUCAUUUCAAAGGUAACUCUGCUUAGCACCAUUAUGAAAAAUAAUUACUGUUUUUUUCUUUUUUUGUGUAGGGGGGAGGGGGUUGUUCAAAAACAGAAUGGAUUUUUAUUGUAUACAGUAAUGAAAUAUGAACACUGUGUAGCACAAUGACACAUUGAAUUACCAGUAUGGUGGAGUACAAUAUACACCUUGACAUUGCAUUAAUGUAUUAUAUCAUGGUCAACAUUUGAAUAUUAUAGAAUACAGUUACACAUAUGGGUGUAACACAGCCAGGGUAAUACGAAGGAAAAGUGCACACAAAUCAAUAUAAAAUGCACACAGCUUGUCAAACACAGGGAGACAUACAGUAUUUAUAAUGAUCAGCUCUGAAGGUUAAGUGACUCUUUCUUAAUUUCCUCUGCCUCUGCUUAACAUUUAAAAUAUAUAUUUUAAAUGGAUACUGUACCUGCAAAGGCAAGCAGUUGUCUAUACAGACUGCAUUCAUUAAGAGACGAAAAAUCCAGGAAUUACAUUAGCCAUGUACCAGCUUGCAAUCUAUUUCAGGAAUCAAGUCACAAGUCCAAUGCUUUAAAAUACCUUAUAUUGUGUUUAUGUACAGUAUGCAGCAACACAUUCAUUCUAAAUCCAAAUUUGAAUUACAGUAGUAAAUCAAAAAUGCACAACCUGUUUCUGACUGUUGUGUGUAUGGGCUGCCUAACAUUAAAAGUCUAGUAAAAUAAUACCUUAUUUCCAAAAAAAAAAACACUCUGUAUAUAGCUUCCAUUCAUAUGGUAUUUGCCUGUCAUCACUUUUAACAUUUUGUACAUCACUGUUGCAUUUAGAAUGACAAGGUUUGACACGGAAAAUGUAGAUGUACAGUACUACAGUGAACAUGUGAAUAUGUGUUCUGCUUUUGAAAAAAAAAAAAGGUUUUCAUGAUGAAAUUGUGUCUUCUACUUGGAAUAGCUAAAGCACACAGUGCUUGGAAGGGCUGUGCUGGUCAACACGCAAAAUCUCAAGCAAAAAAAAGAAAAGAGGUUACAAAUAUAAACUGUGGAAGUCAAUGGAAAACCAUGUCAGGCCUUACAAUAUAUACAGUACUUAAAACAAUAACACUAGCGAGUUCAGGCAGUUCCACCAGAUAACACCUUCAUUUUCAUUUAGGGUUAGGUCGGGUUAACGUUAGGGUCAGGGUUUAGUUUUAGAUUUGGGUUUAGGUUUAGGGGUUAGGGUUAGGGUUUGGGUUACAGUUAAGGUUAGGGUAGGUCAGUUUUUAGGGUUACGAUUAUGGCAGGGUUAGAGUCAGGUUGGAUUAGGAUUAGGGUUGACACUGGUAAUCAAUUCCAGUAUUGUAAUAUUUUUGUACCAUUGUGUGGCCAUUUCUGAUUAUACUGUGGUCUGCUUUUGACUCUGGUGUAGCUUCUUCAGGGUAAUAUACUGGUGUUAUCUCUCUGGCCUAAUGAUGCAUUGUUUAUUCAUCUAGGUACUACUAGACAAACAGUUAGGUAAAUAAUCUGCUGGCCUCAUUUUGAAGUUGGAGUGUUUUGUUUGUUGACUGACUGCUGCCUGGCUCUUAACAGGCUCUGUUCUUUGGAACUCAUUUUGCUUUGAUUAGCAAAGUAAUUCCUGGUGCUUUAACAUUUUAUAUAGCCUUUUUACAUAGUGAAAGCUAUUCUUGUAUUCUGCUGUACACUGACACUUUGUCACUUCCAUAUUUUAUCAGUAUAUGCUUCCAUGUGUGGUCUCUACAGUGUCUAUGCCUCAUACAGUAUCUCCAUUCUUGUAAAAUAAAACAUUUGCUAGCUGCA